AGAACAAGCACCAACACAAAGGAGGAGCUUUCGGCGUCUUUUCUCUACUACUGUCCACCAAAGGCUGAAGUGGAAGUGAUUGUCAUUGAAAUCACCCCAUGAUACUAGUAAUAGGCCUAACAAGAAUUAUGAAUCAUCAGUGGAUGAAAACAUCCAUGAGAAAUCGACUAAUCAUAUACUGUAUACAACUUCUAACAGAUUGAAAUAAUACACAUCACUUCGUCUGGUUUAGUUCACUCACUGUCCAUCAUAUCAAAUAAGCAGCUAUGGAACUUCCAGGCUAUGAGCAUCCACCACCAUGGGUUCCACCUUAUGAGCGUUCCAACCACCCAGCAUACAGCAACAACCUUGAACAGUUCGCCAUGCGCACAGUUACCCUCGUCCGUGAGAAAGCUUCAGAUCCAUUAGGAUUCAACAUCAGAGGUGGCAUGGAACAUUUCUGCGGUAUAUAUCUUUCAAAGGUGACACCCAACAUGGAAGCCGAACACCUGGGCCUGAAGGAGUCUGAUCAGAUAUUAUCAGUAAAUGGUAUAGAUUUUGAAGACAUUGAACAUAACAAGGCAGUGAAGAUUCUGAAGUCCAACACACAAAUCGUUAUGAAAGUGCGGUACUUUCCUUAUGGAUAUAGAAAGACGUAUGAUAAAGUACAAAAUGCAAAUGUGGGGACCCCCGCAUAAUUGAAGAAAUUAAGACGGAGUGGUUUUCUAUGCCUGCCUGGCCUUAAUGUUGUGUGCUUGCUUUUCGAUUAAAAGACUAUUGGUA